GGAAAGGCGGGGCCGAGGGAUUGUGUCAUCAUUCUGCGCCGGCUUGCACCGCGACGCGCCGGUGGCUGGCGCAGCCCUUCGCUCGCCCGGCCUCCCCCUCCCUGGUUCCGCGCUGUGGUUCCGCCAUGGAAUCCAACAAGGAUGAAGCCGAGCGCUGUAUUAGCAUUGCUCUCAAGGCCAUCCAGAGCAACCAGCCCGACCGGGCGCUCCGCUUCCUGGAGAAGGCACAGCGACUGUACCCGACACCGCGAGUUCGCGCCCUGAUCGAGUCCCUCAACCAGAAACCACAGACUGCCAGUGACCAGCCCCAACCCACAGACACAACCCACACCACUCAUAGGAAGGCAGGUGGGACUGAUGCCCCCUCGGCCAACGGUGAAGCUGGAGGAGGAGAGAGCAGUAAAGGCUACACUGCGGAACAAGUGGCAGCUGUGAAAAGGGUCAAGCAAUGUAAAGAUUACUACGAGAUCCUGGGGGUGAGCAGAGGAGCCUCAGAUGAGGACCUGAAGAAGGCUUACCGCAAAUUGGCCCUCAAAUUCCACCCGGACAAGAACCAUGCUCCUGGUGCCACUGAAGCUUUCAAAGCCAUUGGCACAGCAUAUGCAGUACUUAGCAACCCAGAGAAAAGGAAGCAAUAUGACCAGUUUGGUGAUGACAAGAGCCAGGGAGCCCGGCAUGGCCAUGGGCACGGGGACUUCCACCGUGGCUUUGAGGCUGACAUUUCUCCUGAAGACCUCUUCAACAUGUUCUUUGGAGGUGGCUUCCCUUCUAGUAACGUCCACGUCUACAGCAACGGUCGUAUGCGCUAUACCUACCAGCAAAGGCAGGACCGCAGGGACAACCAGGGUGACGGUGGGCUGGGGGUGUUUGUUCAGCUGAUGCCCAUCCUCAUCCUGAUCCUCGUGUCGGCUCUCAGCCAGCUUAUGGUCUCCAGUCCUCCCUACAGUCUGAGCCCAAGACCAUCAGUGGGCCAUGUCCACAGGCGAGUCACUGACCACCUGAGUGUCGUCUACUACGUGGCAGACAGUUUCUCUGAGGAGUACACAGGCUCUAGCCUAAAAACAGUUGAACGGAACGUGGAAGAUGAUUACAUUGCCAACCUUCGAAACAACUGCUGGAAGGAGAAGCAGCAGAAGGAAGGCUUGCUGUACCGGGCCCGCUACUUUGGUGACACAGAUAUGUACCACAAAGCACAGAAGAUGGGCACUCCAAGCUGUAGCCGACUGUCAGAGGUGCAGGCCUCCCUGCAUGGAUAGUCCUGGGCCAGCCAUGCCACCGAGGUCCAAACUAUGAAAUCCCUGGAGAAUUUUUGGUGACAAGCACUGAGCCAAGGUGAUGGACUGUGUAGUUAAGGAAAGACAUACAAAGAAAAAAAAUUAAAACGGAAUUGGAGGCCGAACGCCCGCACAACUGCCCUCUCUCUCACCCAGUAAAUGCAGAAAGCUCUUAGGACAGUCAGAAAACCUGCCGCGGGGCUGCUUCCUCCCUCCCUGGGCUGGCAGAGGCUCCACAUCGGCUCUCUCCUAGGAUACAGAAACCAUGGCAACGAAAGUAGAAUGUAAAACUUGCAGCAAAUGUCUGUGGGAAGGGCUGGGGGAGGGGGUUGCCCAAGCCUUUCCUCCCCCUCCCAGGAGCCACCACCGGUCACCUCUCAGGAGAUCUCAGGAGAAGCCAGAGACGUUGGCCAAGGACAGAGCGCAGGAGGAAAGAAUUCUCCACGGAAUGUAAUUUAUAGAUGCGUGUAUAUGUAUAUAUAUAUCUAUUUAUAUGUAAAUAGACAUAUAUAAAGAUAUAUAUAUAUAUAUAGUCGACUUUUUAAACUAUGCAGGGAUUGGUUAAAUUGUUUAGCUUUCUUCCAUAUUUUAGAAAAUGAGGCGUAUUGGAGGAAGGCAACCUGGUAUUUCAAAAGCUGGAUAUUAGCUAUAGCUAACAGCAUAAGGAAAGUUGUGUCAUAUGCUUUUAACAUCCCCCCAAACCCCAGCCUGUUUUUGAUGGCAGCAGUAAUCAUGAUGGUCUAAAACCACGAAGGUCGCCAGGUUUAAGGCUAGGCUGGAAAGAAGCGGGCUGUGGAGGGAGAAAGUUACCCCUGGGAGCAGGUGCCAGUUCAGUAUUGAAUCAAGGCAGAGGCCCCUAACAGGACCUGCUCGGGCAACCUCAGGCUGCCCCUUUCCUUCCACCAGCUCAGGUGGGCACUUUGUCCUGGUACCCAGCAGCCCUCCAGCCUCCUGCCCACAGAGUGGCAAAGCUUGGAGAGGGCCCACGUUCUACCUAUUUCCCUACCCUAAGUCUCUAAGUGGGUCUUGCCUUAUAGGUGCCACAGGGCACAGCUCCAUCAUUGCCACUGGUUUUUCCAAAGAUUCUUCCUCUAAGAGUCAGCCAGGGGUGCCCAGGACCCCAGGACAGAGACCUGCCCCCUGAAGAAAAGCCAGUGCCUGUGGGUGCCUCUGUCUUCACCCACCGUGGAUGUGACUCCACCAGGCCUCCUCUUGCACUUUGGACAAAGGAUACAUCUGAACCAGAAUAGUUUUCUUACUCUCACCUUCAAAUGAGGAUUUUUCACAAAACAGCAGCUGCUGCCAGGGAAAGGAGGGAGGUUUUAUUUAUUCCCACAGUUUAUACUGGGCCUUUUGGAAUUACAUUUUUCCUGAGGCAGUGGGUGUGUCCUUGAGCCUGCUGUCUUCCAAAGCCUUACUCUUCCCCAAGCUGCCAGCCAGGAGGUGAUAACCAUCCUCCCAGAAUCCCUCUUUGCUCUUUUUUUAAAAGUCCCCCCAACAAAUAGGAUUUUCACUGGGAAAGGAAGUUUGGUAAGGAAACGUCAAGUCUGGUUUUUAAACAAGGUCCCAUCCUGCAACGAAGUGGCCACUCCAGCCCAGAAAGAUAAGAACUGGACGUGGGCCAGAGUGCCCACCUGCGGUGGCCCUGGUGCUCUGCCCCCACCAUCCCGACUAUCUGGUCUGGGUAGAUGUCCCUAGAUGGGCUGAGCCAUGUGCAAUAAGAACAUAGAUCCUAAAGGAUCCCUGGAGAAGCUGUAUUUCUUGAAUUAGAAUUCUGAAAUUGUACAUCUAUAAAUAUAUGUUUAUUAUGUGAUUGGC